CCUGACGUCAUCUCCUACCACUUCACAGCCAAUGUACAAGGCGUCGGUUUUUAUUUUUAAAUAUCAGACUACAGAGUGAGAGUUAGUUUUUUAUUGUGGUUAUCAGUAUAAUAUUUUUUAACGAAUAUUUUUUAAACGUUAGCGAAACGCUCCGUGUUCAUUCUCUUUGCUGUAAGCUGCAGCAAAAGUUUCAUCACUUAGGGGAGGAGCCGUGUCCGUCUGUGUUCAGAGCACUGCUGUGAUAAAUGAAGGAAUGAAAGCUUAAAGAAGAUGAACAAGAAUUAACAGAAGACAGGGGCUGGUUCGUGCACAGGACAACAUAUACCGGGAUUUCAGGAGGUUAAACCAUAAAAUGACCAUGCUGCUGCUGAGGCUCACCCUCUGUUCAAAGAUCCCCCUGGAUUCACCAAGACACUUAAGCCAGCUGCUCUCCAGAAAACUGACACAAGGUGGCCAGGGCAGGGCCCAUAGCAGCUCCUUCGCACACCGCAGUGAGCUGCGUCAGGCCAAGAGGAUCGUAGUUAAGCUCGGCAGUGCCGUCGUCACACGUGGAGAUGAGUGUGGCUUGGCUCUUGGGAGGCUGGCCUCGAUUGUGGAGCAGGUGGCUAUGUUGCAGAAUCAAGGCAGAGAGAUGAUGAUUGUCACCAGUGGAGCUGUGGCCUUCGGCAAGCAAAGACUGAGACAUGAGAUCCUGCUGUCCCAGAGUGUUCGACAGGCGCUGCACUCCGGACACAGUCAACUCAAUGACAUGUCUUUGCCGGUGCUGGAGGCCCGAGCCUGUGCUGCAGCUGGACAGAGCGGCCUGAUGGCCCUGUAUGAAGCCAUGUUCACCCAGUACAGCACUUGUACAGCACAGGUCCUGGUGACAAAUCUGGAUUUCCACGAUGACCAAAAGAGGCAGAACCUGAACAGCACACUGCGGGAGCUGCUGCGCAUGAACAUCGUGCCAAUCAUCAACACCAAUGAUGCUGUGGUGCCCCCUCCGGAGCCCAACAGCGACCUGCAGGGGGUAAAUGUGAUCAGCAUUAAGGACAACGACAGCCUGGCAGCACGGCUAGCUGUAGAGAUGAAGGCUGACCUGCUCAUCGCACUCUCUGAUGUGGAGGGACUAUACAACAGCCCCCCUGGAACAGAUGAUGCCAAGCUCAUUGACAUCUUCUACCCUGGAGACCAGCAGUCCAUCACCUAUGGUACAAAGUCUAGAGUUGGGAUCGGAGGCAUGGAGGCCAAGGUCAAAGCUGCCCUUUGGGCCUUGCAAGGUGGCACCUCAGUGGUUAUUGCAAAUGGCACCAACCCCAAAGUAACAGGCCAUGUCAUCACUGACAUUGUGGAGGGCAAGAAAGUAGGAACCUUCUUCUCUGAAUUUAAACCUGCCGGCCCAUCUGUGGAGGAACAGACAGAAAUGGCACGCAGUUCUGGAAGAACCCUUGCAUCUCUGCAUCCAGUCCAGAGGAGUGAGAUCAUCUGCCAUCUAGCAGAUCUGCUGACUGAAAGGAAGGAAGAGAUUCUGGCUGCAAACAAGAUGGAUAUGGACCUGGCUGUCAGUGCAGGCCAUUUGCCUCCAGCCAUGCUGAAGCGUCUCAGCCUGUCACCGGCCAAACUUAACAGCUUGGCAGUAGGUCUCCGCCAGAUAGCCAUGGCCGCCCAGGACAGUGUGGGUCGAGUGCUGCGCAGGACCAGAGUGGCUCAUAAUUUAGAGCUGGAGCAGAUUACUGUACCCAUCGGGUUGCUUCUGGUCAUAUUUGAGGCCCGACCUGACUGCCUGCCGCAGGUAUCAACACUGGCAAUAGCCAGUGGCAAUGCCCUCCUGCUGAAAGGAGGAAAAGAGGCAGCCAACACCAACCGUGUCCUCCACCAGCUCACCCAGGAAGCUCUUUCCAUGCAUGGAGUCAAGGAGGCUGUGCAGAUGGUGAGCACCCGUGAGGAAGUGGAGGAUCUGUGCCGACUGGAUAAGAUGAUAGACUUGAUCGUCCCCCGAGGUUCAUCCCAGCUGGUGCGGGACAUUCAGCGAGCGGCCAAGGGCAUUCCUGUGCUGGGUCACAGCGAAGGAAUCUGCCACGUCUAUGUGGACUCAGAAGCCAGCAUUGACAAGGUCAUAAAAAUCGUUAGAGACUCCAAGUGUGACUACCCAGCUGCAUGUAAUGCUAUGGAAACUCUGCUGAUUCACCGGGACAUCCUCAGGACCCCUAUGUUCGACCAAAUUAUUGACAUGCUCCGCACUGAACGGGUGAAGAUUCACGCAGGCCCUCGGUUUGCCUCCUACCUGACAUUCAGCCCCUCAGAGGCAAAGUCUAUGCGGACAGAGUAUGGUGAGCUGGAGUGCUGCAUGGAGGUGGUGGACAGCAUGCAGGAGGCCAUAGAGCACAUACAUAAGUAUGGCAGCUCCCACACAGACGUUAUAAUCACGGAAAAUGAGGACACAGCAGAGAAGUUUCUUCAGCAGCUGGACAGCGCCUGUGUUUUCUGGAAUGCUAGUUCACGUUUUGCAGAUGGCUACCGCUUUGGACUGGGAGCAGAGGUAGGUAUCAGCACGGCUCGUAUACAUGCCCGAGGCCCUGUAGGCCUGGAGGGCCUGCUCACAACCAAGUGGGUCCUGAGAGGUGAUGGACACACAGUAGCCGACUUCUCGGAGAAUGGUACCAUGAAGUACCUGCAUGAAAACCUGCCUGCUGGGCAGCCUUUAGCUGGACAGAGAGACAGCAACUAGGCCAGAGAGUCUGACAGCAUUCCUUUGGCCUUAUUACAAACAUUGUUUGCAUCACCAUCCAGAAGCUCCCUCGGGUUUUUCUCAAGAUGAUCGUUGACUGUUUUCACUAUCUUCAACCUUUGAAGCACAUAGCUGCUCAAAACAGCAAUGGUUCAUUUUGUUACUACAUUAAAAAAGAUGUUCCUAUUUAAGGACUAAGAGUCUAAAAUAUUCUACCUCAGCUUAGGUUGGGUAAGUCAGUAAGCCCCAAUAUUAAACUAUGCAAAAACCCCAAACUGUGUUUAAACCAUGCAAAAAGAUACUUCACACAGAUUGAGAUUCGUCAUUAUUUUCUCAUUUGAAUUUGUACUGGGCAAACUAAUUUUAAUAAUGGUAUCUUUUAAUUAAAUUACUUUAUUUUUUUAAAAAGAUUUUGGUAGAAAACAAUAUUGAAACUGUUCUUUUAUUUACACAUCUAUUUAAUAACUUCCUUAAAUUCCUUGCUUGAUGUCAUUUCUUUUUACUUUACUUCCUGGUAAUAUCUCACUUUAAUAAUGGUUGUCUGGCUAUUCUCCCACCUUAAGCUGACAGAUCAUAUGGUCCCUGUCUCUCUAUGCGAAAAGUGUGGCUGUAUGCUGAUUACAGAUAACUAGCAUGCAUAUGUCUGCAGUGACUCUGAUUAGCUAAUAUAUGUCUAGUACCAAGAAGCCAGAGCCCCUGUUUAAUUACUCUGACAGUAACUGUGCAAGCUAAGAAUCUUUCUAAGCACACAUUAGUAAUGGACUCUAAGUACCUUCACAGAUACACAUUACUCUAAUAACCUAUGAGAAACACUUAAUUGCUAUAAUUAAGUAAGAACCCCUAGCAGUGUGUUUUAAACAACCACAGAACAUGAUUUUUCAGUUUGAUCAAAAAUAUCAAAAAAUAUUAAUAACAAAAUGCACUCGUUUAUCAUUAGAAGCUACCCCAACUUUAUUAUAUGUGUUGUCAUGGAUACACAUAGCUGAUGGCUUCUCUCUAGCCACUACAGUAUUACUAGGGUAAAAUGAUGAUUUAAUUUCAAUUUGCAUUUAAUAUUGUAACCUCUCUGUGACUAAGGGCUCAGUGGAUUACAUUGGUUCAUUACCCACGAGGUUCACACUGACUGUACUUUAAGUGCUUUCUUUGUUCAAACAAUAUUUGUACCCCCCGCUUUAAUUCUGGGAUGAACUUUCUGUAUGUUUCUGAUAUACUGUCUUUUGAAAAUACCCGUGACAUUAUCAGACAUGCAGCUUGUAAAUGUAUUCGUAAAAUCUUACCUAAUAGGAUUAAAAAUAUGCAAUUCUAGGACAUCAGAAAAUGAGAUUUUGCUCUGCAAUAAUGACACUUAAAUACACUCCAAUUUACAUGCAUCCAUUUAUUCCCGUAUUUUUUUAUUUAUUUGAUUAUUGUUGCAUGUUGUGUUCAUUUUUCCAUGCUUUGUUGCUUUCCUGCUUGUUCCUUUUGGUGCCCAAAGCUUCUGUCAGAGCGGGAAUCGUAAUUGACAAGCUGCCUCCUUCAAGCUGGAGGGGAGAAUGCGACUGCCUUUAAAUUAAGCUUUGUAACAUUCCAGCCUCUGAGCUGCUAUCAGAUGUCUUGCAAUGCACACUUAAGGAUUAGUUUGGGUUAUUUAAUAGCAGUAUUGUAGAAUAAAAGUUGAA